CUUGCACAUUGUUGUAACCCCGCACAGUGGUUUCUGCGAGGUGCGGUUGCGAGGAAAAAACACUUUUCUCUCAUUGGCGACUACAAAGUUUUACGUUUGAUUCAUCGAUUGUUUUGUCGCUCCGUUUCCGUUGUGUACAGUUCCGCCUGCAAUCCUCUUUGUUCACUGUUCAAGGGACGUGUUCGUGUGUGUGCGUGUGUGGGUUCCGAGUGCAAGAAAUCAGCACAGAUUGUUAUCAAUUGCCCUUCCAUUGGUCUAGGAUUCGAUUUUCUUUCAUCGAAUGCUUUCAGUUCGAUAGUGCGGAUUGUGCUUAUCUUUCUACUGAUUAAUCAUCGUGCCACAUUGAUUGGAGCUGCAAACCAGCAGGACUUUUCGCUUUCGUUCCACUAAAAUGGCUGUGAUCAUAGUGCACCGUGCCGAAGCUUCGUGAACUGCGCCCCAAACCGUCUCACGGUACGGGACCGCAACGUGACGAUCGUCGUCCUUUAUUAGCGUUAAAGUGCAAUGAUAAAUCAUUUACCACAAACUGGACGCCGCGUGAAGUUGCGUCACACUGUUACGGUGCCGUAAAGCUUAACGAGGAGAGGACCCACUCUCGGUGACAAGGAACCCGUGUCAAUUACUAGCACCUUUGAUGAGAGAAGCACGCUUGCGGCAGUAAAACGCGAUUGUUAGUGUAGUCAGAUAGUUUUACUAAUUACGGGCAACCAGGGCCACUCGGGUGGGCAGCUGCAACCAUGGAUGUUCCGGCAGAGGAAUGGAUCGAGCGGGCGACCGAGAACAUGAAAAAGUUUCUCAACCGUGGCGGUGCGUGCCGCGGAGAUGAACCGCAAAUGUUGAUCGGUGCACCACUGCAAAACACGCUCGGUUAUGCGCUCAAUCUAGCCAUGAAGGAUCCGAACACGUGGACGGACGAGGAACUGCAGCUGGAGUACAUGGAGGAGCUGUGCUUCUACGAUGCCGAGUCCCGCAAGACGAUCGACAAGCUGACGCAGCAGAUGUACGGCCAGGGCAGCGUGGUGGCGAAGGAAUCCUGCCACCUGACGAUCCUGCCGAUCGAACUGUACGCCGAGGGCAAGCUGUACGAGGUGGCACUGUUUCGGUAUCAAUUUGGUGAUCUGCAAUCGUCCGAGCCCAAGUACGUCGAUUCGUACGGCCGGGUGUACGAGAGCUUCCGUGAUUUUUUACGCAACAACAAGUACCCGUCGGCGGAAAUGAUGUACCCGCUGGAGGGCCGUUUGGUGGCCGGCGAGAAGAAAACCGUCCUGUACGGUAUCUGCCAAACGCCCGCCUGGAAGGCGUACUACUUGAAGGCCCUCGACAUUGCGACGGGCAUUAUUGGUGUUGCCGGAGCGACGGGUGCGAUCUUUCUGUCGGGCGGACUCGCAACACCAUUCGUGGCGGCCAGCAUCGGAUCGGCACUGUACGCGACGGGCCGCUCGAUCGAUGUGCUGCGCGAUAAGAGCGCCCACCAGGAAUCGUUGAACCCAUUCCGUGAUUCGGAAUCGCGCACGGCCUGGCUAAGCCUGACGGCGCACGUGCUCACGUUCGGUACGAUGCCGCACAUUUCCGCCCUCUCGGGGGUCGCCUCCACCAGCCACAGCAUUGCGACCGGAUUCAAGGUGUGCAACUUUAUCAACGAAACCGGCAACAUUAUCAGCGAUCUCGUGAUCUGCGAUACGCUGUCGGCGAUGCAUUCCAACUUUUACAACGCAUCGAUCGAAACGCGGCUGGCGCACGCCGCGUCCAUCUGCUUCUGGACGAAAACGAUCAUCAGCAUACGGCAGGCGGAGCUGAUGAUGAAGAACAACGCGAUCGUGGCGCUGAAACUGUUCGGCUUCGAAGACCACUUCAGCGAGUACUUCAACAAUGAUUCGCGCGCGAUCGAUAUCGGGCUGCGGAUCGUGAAGCAUUCGCUCGCGAGCAACGAGUUGAUCGCGUCCGACCCGGACGAUCCCGGUGCGAUACGGAUCGAUGGGUUGCGGUUCACCAUCCGGUCGCUGUUGACACUCGAUCCGCCGGAAGUGGAGCAGUUGUUCGACUUUCUCCACGGGCUUUGUACACCGGCCGACCGCCAGCUGUUCGAGGAGGUUCGUGAUCUCGUCAUCGCGCCCGAGAACAGUGCCGAUGGCCGGCUGGCUGCGCUGGUACGCCUGUUGGCUGACGAAGCCGAGCGGGAAGGCCUCUCGGCCGCAACGCUCAUGCAGAUGCUGCUCCAAACGUACUCCUUCGUGAGGGACUGUGAAAAAUCGUUGAACAACGUGUCCCCAGCGGCGGCCACCACGUUCAAAAUAUCCCCAAGCGAGGGCCUGGGUGUGGGGCGCGGACUGUGGAUGGGCGUUACGGUGGCGUACAUGGUGUUUGCGUUGAAACGACCCCUUCCGCCCAGCAGCGAUCGAACGGCGGAAGCAGCGGAUGAUGAUUUCGGCAUUUCCGAGUGCGACCGACAGCGGGAUCGCUUGGUGCGCGUCGUACUCGAUCUGACCGCCGAGCAGUGCACGCAACUAACGAAAGCCAUUCGCUGCAAUCCGGACGUUCUCUCUAGGCUUAAACAAGGGGCAGCUGAGCGAAGCGGAGAGGAAUCGGACAAUCCGGUGGUUGAAAUCGGUAGCCAACAACUUCUGUUCGAUCGGCUAAAGCAGGAAAUUUUGGCGGCUUGCGAAGGAAAGUGAUCGCAGAAGCGGUAGGUGAUCAAGUGAGGAGCGAGAAACAACCAAAUAAGAUACAGAUUAACAAACAAACACAUACAUAUCAUGAGUGAAAAUUAUUAGUAAACAUUGUUAAAGGUGAAGGCUAAGCAGAUAUUUUCUAAACAUCGUUAGAAUUGAGUGAUCAGCAAAAAGAGCGAAAGCGAGAGAGAGAGAGUAUAGGCAAAUCGAAAUUAAUCAUGUCCGCUUUUGUAGACCGUAAAAAGUAGAACUGGGGGAUGGUUGGCAGUGCAGAGAUGGAUCAACUACGAAACAGUAGCAAUAACAACCGCGCAGAAGUGCGACCCUAUGAACCGUAACUAAAACAUAUCAUCUUUACUAGCCUCCAGUAGAGCGAGCAGUAGAAACGUACUUAUACAUUCGAGUUUAAAAAAACAACAACAAACCGAGACCAUACAUUACCUAACCCGCUGUUGUGCUAAGAAGCUUAAUAGGAACUAGACUAUUGUGACCGAACACGCACACCGAUACAUCAGACAGCACACAACACACAACCAACCCUUAAUCGAAACACGGUGCUUCCGUCGACCUUUCUACUCUUUUCUGGGCUCUUCACUCCAUUUGCGUUUUUGCGUGACCCUUUGGUGCAGUGCAACUGAAAGUACCGAAUACCUGAUCUUUGUAACGAAGCAGCAGUACCUUCUACCUGUGGACACAUACAGACACUUGGUGGAUCUUUAUUUUGUAUUCUUUUGAAACUUUCCCUGCUUUUCGGAAGAAACACGAAACAGACACAAUUUGUACGGCAUACAAGUGAACAAACAGUACACAAAAUGAAUCAAACUCUUACAAAAUUUGAUAUACAAUUUGAAAUGAUAGAUUGGAAGAAUUUAAGAACAAAUUAUAGCGUCGAAUGCAAUAUUUAUACAGCAGCGGAGAUCGUUCGAGUGAGUCUAGUACUGGCAAAUUAGUGUACCGAACUAGCAACUGCAAGCUUUGUAGAUUUUUAUAACAGCGUUAGAGUAAAGCGUUGUUGGUGUGAGCGUGUGUAGAAAUUUUAAAACAAAAACGAAACUAGCAAAGACUAACAACAGAAAAACAAAACACCCAUUUGAAACACUUACAACACGAUACAAACACCAAAACCAAUGGUCUCGUGCGCCAGAGUGGGGCGCACACGGAGCUGUGCAGAUAAAUACGGCCAAGCCGUCAGUUAAUCAACAGUAAAGCAAAACAUUAGUAGUAUUAGACAAAAUGGGCACCAAUGGCCAGCAUAGCAAAGUUAUCGGAGUAGAAAGUUCUAAGAGGAAGCCGAGGUAGCAAACCAUAUCUUAUGAUAACCGACACAAACCGUUCCAGACGGGUGCGCAGAAAGCUUCACCAAUUUCCUAACGCCAAUGCGCCACUACCGGUAAACCACCCCCCGGGGUAGAGCUGCAAGCUUACAACACACCGAUUAAACCCAGGGCCGGGCCACGGAACGGGCAAAUUGUUAUUGUUCAGUACAACAAGGCAACGCAACCGAUUACUCCAUUAGUUUUGCAACGACGAAUGAACGCGAAUGAUCUUCGCUUCAUUUGAGCUUUCCAACGUUCCAAAGCCCGCGGUCAGCGGUAAACACCUAGAAAGCGUAACAAUAAACCAAAACCCUUUUACGA